GUUCAUUCUAACAGGUGGUAAGCGAGUUCAGGUGGAGCUGAGCUGAAGGAGAAGGAGGAGGAGGGUGAAGGCUACACACGUUAUUUCUGUGUGGAACCCGAACAAAAGAGGAGCGCUGAAGUAUGCUCGGGGAUUUUUCUCAUUUAGUAGUCUAGUACGAACGCUACAGGUGGGGGAAGACAGACAGUCAGACAGUCUGUGCGGGAUUUGGUAGGACGGCCCCCUGCGCUCAGUUCCUCCUGAGGUAACCAGGUCCAGGCACCUAUACUGGUUUGGUUUUCGCUGUGGGACAGGAGAAAAAACGGUGUAGCAAACAGGUGCGAGGAGGAGGUGGGGACGACAUCCCGGCUUAUUGUUCAAACGGGAUACACCUAUCGGUCCGAGUGCGCCAGAUCAGUUUGGCACACGCCAGAGGGGGUGAAUCGAUCACGCGUGGGCUCGGCGUUUUUCUUUCAGGAUGUCAAGCAAGAAACAUUCCGCGGACCUAUCCAAAAGGAGUUCGGCAUCCUCCGAAGGGGACAUGUUCGGUGAAUUUCAGGACUGGUGCCUGCGCACUUAUGGAGACACUGCCAAGACAAAGACGGUGACCAGGCGCAAAUAUGAUAAAAUCCUGCAAGCUCUCUCACACGGCGAGGACCCACAGACCUUCCCGGAUAACAGCCACAUUAACGCCAAAUUUAAGUUCUGGGUCAAAUCCAAAGGCUUCCAAGUCGGCAAGGGUGAAGGGCAACUAGACAAGAGAGGCAAAUACCAGCGCCCUGUGCUGUAUGUACCCAUCAAACCAACGUGUGUGGAUAGCGGUACAGGACAGGAGGUCUCGUUCCUAAAGAGAGUGGCUGUAGUGGAGGAUUUCUACGACAUUAUCUACGCCAUGCAUGUGGAGAUCAGCUCUGACCUUGCCAAAGCUCCUAAACAUGCUGGUCAGAAAAAAACCUAUAAAGCGAUAGCGGAGACUUAUGCAUUUCUGCCCAGAGAGGCAGUGACCCGAUUCCUGAUGAGCUGUGGGGAGUGUCAGAAGAGGAUGCACAUCAGUCCGAGUGGAGCCGAGUGCAAAGAGAACAACCAGCCAGCCUCUCUGGUUCCUGACCUUAUUGACUACAACAUGCCUCUGACCACCACCUAUCUGAAACAGAUGAAACUGCAGUGUAUUAACAACAACAAUGAACAGGAUGAGAGUUCAGUAAGCAGCGAGGAGUUUGAUAUGAGCGACCGCACAUGGAUUUCAGCUGAGCACCAUCACGCACUGUCAGACCUAAACCCACCUGCCAGCACAGAAAGAAUGCACAGUCCCCAAAACAUCCGCAAGGAGGACGACGAUGAUUCAUCCUCAGAAAGCGGGAGUGGCAACGGCAUCCACAUCAUGACACCUCCUUCAAUGGGUGUGGUUUCUGUGAGUGACGGAGCAGGUACAGGACCAGGGACAGGCUUGUACAGUCAGCUUAACGGGACCAGAACAGUCGUGCCGCUGGACUUCAGCACGACCUCAUCCUCCUCGUCCUCGGAGGAACAGCAGCCGAUGAACAUGAGGGAACGGAUGGGCAAGGUCUUGCCCAAUGCCGCAGCCAUGCUAGCCAAGUUUAACCCCAAGCACACGGAGGAACUUCGCCGAAAAUACCCCAAACCACCACUGGCCUCAGAGCUACGGCUUCACCAAGACAUCAGGGAAUAUAACAAUAAGUCUCCUCAGUAUGGCUCAGGCAGCUACGACUCCAUAAAGAUGGAGAUGUGCGCCGAGGACCUGACAGUCAGUCGCUCUCAGGCUGAUGACGACGACGACGAUCACGACGACCAUGAUGACAGUGACAAAAUUAUCGACACAGAGGGAGUCGACCCAGAGAGGCUGAAGGCAUUUAAUAUGUUUGUGCGUCUGUUUGUCGAUGAGAACCUGGACCGCAUGGUGCCCAUCUCCAAGCAGCCGAAAGAAAAGAUCCACGCCAUCAUCGAGUCCUGUAGUCGCCAGUUUCCAGAAUUCCAGGAACGCGCUCGCAAACGUAUCCGUACCUACCUCAAAUCCUGCCGUCGUAUGAAGAAAAACGGCAUGGAGACUCGGCCUACGCCGCCACACCUGACCUCAGCAAUGGCAGAGAACAUUCUGGCUGCUGCCUGUGAGAGUGAAACACGAAAAGCAGCCAAGAGAAUGAGGAUGGAUGUCUACCAAACACACGAGGAUCAGAUAGCGCUGGAAAAGGCUGUCUCUCGUGAACCGUUGCCUCUGCACCAAUCUGCAUAUACUCUGGCAGCUUCUGCGUACUCCCAGGACCAGCUGUACAUCAAUGGAGGUCUCACCUACACUUACCGGGCUUAUGGGGGCCUGGGAGGUCCCACACAGCACCCUGGCUCUCUAACUACCCCUGCUGCCCAGACCAAUGGACCUACUGAUCUCAGUAUGAAGUCUAUGGCUUCAAACUCUUCAUCAUCGAGCACCAACAGUCUGGGGAGGAGCGCAGGAGGGACUCAGCUCAGCCAUACAGAGGUGGCAGCCGUGCGUCAGCUGAUCGCCGGGUACCGCGAAUCGGCGGCCUUCUUGCUGCGCUCGGCCGACGAGCUGGAGAACCUCAUACUACAACAAAACUAG